GGGAAGGGGAAUCACAUCUAAUCCACUGUAAACGUCUUGAUGUGCAGCAACAGCUUAGAGGGGGGCUCAGGUUUCUGUGGCGUUAGCUAUAUUUAUCUCUGGUUCCAUGCCAGCAGGGAAGGUUUAAAUGGCACCCAGCAGUUGGCGUGAGGGGCUGCAGGAGCUUGGGGGCUGGUGGCAGGAACAAGUCUUUCCCGACCCCAUGGAGCUGUAUGAGACAUCCCCCUACUUCUACCAGGAACCCCGCUUUUAUGAUGGGGAAAACUAUCUGCCCGUUCACCUCCAGGGCUUUGAGCCUCCGGGCUAUGAGCGGACUGAGCUCGGCCUGAGCCCUGAGGCCCGAGGGCCCCUAGAAGACAAGGGGCUGGGGACCCCAGAACACUGCCCAGGCCAGUGCCUCCCGUGGGCGUGUAAGGUGUGUAAGAGGAAGUCGGUGUCCGUGGACCGGCGGCGGGCAGCCACGCUGAGGGAGAAACGCAGGCUCAAGAAGGUGAAUGAGGCCUUCGAGGCCCUGAAAAGGAGCACCCUGCUCAACCCCAACCAGCGGCUGCCCAAGGUGGAGAUCCUGCGCAGCGCCAUCCAGUAUAUUGAGCGCCUGCAAGCCCUGCUCAGCACCCUCAACCAGGAGGAGCGUGACCUCCGCUACCGAGGCGGGGGCGGGCCCCAGCCAGGGGUGCCCAGUGACUGCAGCUCCCACAGCGCCUCCUGCAGUCCAGAGUGGGGCAGCGCACUAGAGUUCGGACCCAACCCAGGAGAUCAUCUGCUCACACCCGACCCUGCGGAUGCCCACAACCUGCACUCCCUCACCUCUAUCGUGGACAGCAUCACAGUGGAGGAUGUUUCUGUGGCCUUCGCAGACGAAACCAUGCCCAACUGA